CCCCCUUUGUUUUAAUAAACCAUUACACAGUUUAGUUUGUGUAAGAAAAAUAUGUGAAAUCUUCAAAGUGUUUUGUGUUUUUUCUUCUGUUUACGUGUGUCAUUUAACCGAUGAUAUUUUACUUACUUUUUAAAAUAACUAUCAUUUAUAACCUUUUAAAUAAGCUAUGGAAAAGUAACAAAGUUGUAAAUCUUAUUGAAGUCAUAGUCGUAGGCAUCCACGCCGCAUUUCCUUUAAGAGACUUUUCAUGAAUAGUUUUUAAAUCCAUUCUCUUGCCACUUGCAAGAAAGUGGCACACAUUUUUUUCAGCUUCCUUUACUUUGAUAUUGUUAAAUAAAUCCAGUGCAACCAAUGGACACAAAAGGUCACUGAUUUAGUACAUUUAAUCCAUCAGGUGUUUAGUCUUAUGUCUGCAUGGAUUCUAUAGAGUAUUUAUUUACUUAAAUUUAGUGUUUAUACUUUAAAUGCAGUCUUGUUGGAGAACAAACGGCAUCAUGAGGACCAAGGAAUACAACAGACAGAUCACUGUCAGUAAUUUCACCUUCUUAGAGUCAAAAUUUUAGAAUAAUAUGUCAAAGUUGAGCAAGCAGGAUAUUUUUUUUAUGAAUGCAGUAUGAAGGAAAGCAGAACAAUAAAUGCUGCUCUUAAAUGAAAAAUGUUUUGGUUUUGUUUAAGUUGUACAUUAACUGCAAAUACGAAGAAUUUGUAGUCGGGUCCUGUGUCUUUAAGAGAAUCGUCUCUCACACAAUGACAAAGCUUUGAUUUGUUAAAUGUAGAUUUUUAAAUUGAAGACAUAUCACCUUUAUUCAUAUUUCUAUUGUUCACUCCAAUGAACAAGAGCCAAUGAAAGUCUUUAAAAUGCCCUAAUCCCAAGAGGACGUUGAAACCAAUGCUUGGUUACAAAGAGACUCACCAGAACUAAAAGGUACUUUAAUAGUUUUACAACACUUUUCUUCUACUGGAGUCAUUUUAAUUUGGAGUAAAGCUGCUCUAGUCUGAGUACAGUUUCUGAUUACCAGCCAGUAGUAACUUCACUAAUGAAGGAGAAACAUUUUAACUAAAAAUGCAUCAAACACAGAAGCACACCAAAAGAUUAUAGUAAAGUCAAACUUCUGGUUUGCGCACAAGCUUCCUUUAGUGUUUUUUCUUCUGUUUAUUUGUGACUCAAUUAACUGAUGAAAGCUUACUUACUUUUUUUAAAUAACGUUAUUUAUCAUUUGUAACCUUCCUUUAAAUAAGCUACUGGAAAGUAGUGAAGAUGUGAACCUUAUUGAAAGUUUUUCAGUCAUAGGCAUUCAAGCCCCAUUUUCUUUAAGACACGUUUCAUAAAAAGUGACUUAACAAGUUUGGUUACAUAUUUUCACACCAAAAUGGAAAGUAAAAGUAGCAAUUUCUUCAUGUCUAUUUCAGGUCUUUGUUAUAACUAAGCCACAGAGUCAGGUCAGUUCGUCCCACCUGGACUUGAAUCACGUCUAAAACGCAGGAGGAAUCAUCACCAUUUUUUAGUGGCUAUACUCAUGUCAUGUUUGAUUCAAUGGGUAAACUGAGAGUUACAAUGGCGGCUUUAACAGGUAAUCAGAUGAUUUAUGUUUUGUUUCUGGGUUUUCUUUCCUCACCCGGCUGUGCUGCUCCCGUUUCAGAGACUUUAAUGGUUUCAGUAAAGUCUCACGUCUCAGUCCAGCGAGGUCAUACAGCCAUCUUACCCUGCUGGCUCGCCUUCUCUCAAAGUGCAGAAGAUAUGGAUGUACGUUGGUAUCAAGGGAGUAAUCAGUUUGAUACUCCAAUCCUGCUUUAUCAGGCAAGAGCUUUCAAUCUCUCAUCGCAGAAAGCUUUGUUCGCUGGCCGAGUCUCAUUCGGCUUAAAGGAAGAAACAUCAGGUGGAUUAAAGGCAGGUGAUGUCAGCCUGAAGCUGGAAAACGUCACAAUUGAAGAUGCAGGAAAAUAUACAUGCUAUGUUAGCAGCUCUGAUGAUCAUGAUGACCGUGCAUCUAUUAGUCUGAGUGUGACAGAAACUGGACACCAACCUCUCCUGUCAGCAGUGAUGAGAGACGAUAACAAAGUUAACAUGAGCUGCCAAUCUGACGGCUGGCAUCCAGAGCCUGAGCUGAGAUGGUCAGACAGCAAAAAAGCUCUCACACCUGCUAAUGUGAUGUUUAGCAAAAACUCCACUGGUUUUUAUUCAGUCCAUAGUUGGGUUCUGGUCUCCAGUCCCUUUGAGGUUUGCUGCUCUGUUGGGCUCUCUAAUGAAGAACCAAAGGAGACCAGAAUGCGUCUGAACAUUUCUUCAUCAUUCGAAGAAGAGACAGAAUGCUACUCCUCAGCUGGAUGGAAGGCUGCCUUUGGGAUAGUAUUUAUACUUAACGCAGUUGAAGUUUUUUGCUUCCUGUACUUCAGGAAGAAGUGCUUCAGGACGCGAGACCCUGGAAUAUGACUCAAAGCCUUUCUCACGUUUGACGAGAGCUUUGAGAAGGCUGCCUAGUUUUCCUGAUGGGUACGGUGAACAUAGAAGUGCAUAUAACCAGUAGAUUAUAUAAAAGGCUAUAGUAUGGUUGA